GAGAGAAGAGAACAAAAAUUCAUUCCCAAUCUUUGGUUGGGUGCUUUGCUGGAGAGAAAAAGGUUUGGGGUCGGAGUCUGAGAUUAAAAUUUUGAGAUCGACCCUCGUGUUUCCUUCGGAUAGCGCAAAGAUGGUUGCGAGAACCCCACCAAAGUCGAAGAAAAUGUUAGCUGCACUCAAUCCUCUCCUCGUCAGAGAAACAUUAAACAAGAUGGACCAGUGCAUGGCUCGGCUUCAGGAACUUCAGUAUACUGUGACCGGUGGGACGAAAGUAGUUUCAGGGGUGAAUCUGAGCCCUCGCAGUACCAGAGGCUAUCUAAGAACCAGUCUGAGGUGCAAGCAAGAAUCACUCAGGAUCAUGAAUGGCGCCCGUUCCAGAUCUCCAAAAGGGAAGUUUCCAGCAAAUACAGGAGGUGAAUGGAAGCGAAUGUCAUUGCCAGCAAUGCUUGUGGGUGAAACUCUUGGAGAAAUUCUACAGGCAAGUCAAUUUGCCAGGGAUAUUGUUUCAGCAGUGGCUAGGAAAACUGAUACAGAGGACCCGAGAACUCCGGUACCACCACAACGGACAAAACAGAAAUUACAACAUCCAGAAAACACCCAACUCAAAGCUAAAAGGAAGAAAGAGAAGCAAACCAAGCCAGGAUCGGCUCGAUCAGAAUCAUCGUCCCCCUCACUUGGAAGGGCUCGUUCAAGAAUCAAUUUUAAGGUAUCUCCCCAGAAAGUUAGAGAAUUUGAUAAAGAAAAUAACAGGUAUAUGGCAAACAGGGUGUCUCCGAGGAACAGGCCUUGGGCUAAGAAGACUGUACUAUUCCCCAACCCUUUAUUCCUGUCUACGCCUUCUUCACAGCAACACAAGUUCUGCAAGACAAGAUCUCCUGUUAUAUCAAGAAACAGAGGAACUCCACACAAGUUCCUGAUUAAGUCUCCACCUUCUUCUAAACUGCAACCCAAGAACAAAAGCCCACAAUCUAAAUUCCAAGCCAUGGUUAAAAGUCCACCAUCCAGGGUCCAUACCCAGACCAAAAGCCCUCCGUCCAAAUUCCAGGUGAAGAUUAGAAGCCCACCAGUUCUGUCUAUUUCUUCACCUACCAGACCCCCGAGUCUCAUGAAAAAGACUUCUCCCAAGAGGUCGGCUGCAUCCAAGCUGCGUCGAUCUUUCUCUCCAUCUAGGCUGGCGACCAGGUUAGCUUCACUUUCUCCAUUGAGGAGCAAGAGAAGUGCAAGCGUACAGAAAAGUGACGGAUUAGUGAGUGGACUGAAACAGCGUCCGCCUUCAACAGUGCAAUUCCCUGCUCGAAGGAUUUGAUGACAUGUUCACCUGCCAUCGUUUUAUUUCGUACUUAAGUCAAGGAAUUCUUCUUGUCCAUAGCUACAUAUUCUUUCCUUUUAUGUUUGGUAAUUGGUGGUGUGUAUCCUUUUUCUCUUGUUAUGUCAAUAAAUUUUCUCCUCUUCAACAUUUUUUUCCCCACAUAGACGACCAAUGGCGAAUUUAAUGUCAAUUGCCCUUUAUCUGUUCAUCAAAAA